AUGGCUGGUCUUCGCGUUCGUCGUAAUUUUUGGGACCUCCAAGAUGAGUAUGACAAAGGCAACAAGAAGCCCUUGGACACCCUGAUCCGUGCCUUCAAAGGGAUUUACGAGCUCUCUCCCGAUAAUCCAAAUUCCUUCUUCUUCCUUGCUGGCUUGCACGGGGAGCCUUUCCGCGGUGCCGGCUGGGGAAACGCCAGCUGGUGGGGAGGAUACUGCAAUCAUGGAAAUGUCUUGUUUCCUACGUGGCAUCGGGCCUAUUGUUUCGCCCUUGAAUCGGCUCUUCAAAGCAUCCAUGGCUGCAAGGAUGUCACUUUGCCAUACUGGAACGAGAUCGAAAAAAAUACCCAGGAACGCGGGAUUCCUGGGGCCUUCCUAAAAAAGAAAUGGACAUUUGAGGAUGGUGGCGUGAUCGAUAACCCACUGUACUCCUACAAGUUCCAACAGAAAAUUACGGAUAAUCUGCCAUCGUCCCGUGAUGAUGCGGAUUAUAGCAAAGGGGACGGGUAUGUGACCUGCCGCUACCCUUACUCUGGUCUCGUUGGGCCUGCAGAUAAAGAGAAAACCGAUGCCCACAACGCAGAGAUCAACAAGUUGGGGGAUGAUAAGGUUAAUCAAAUCCUCAACGAGAACGUGAAAUCCUGGCUCCUUCACACAGAUGUUGACGGCCAGAAGGGAAGAGGUGGUGUUCUUCAGAAAUACUUCAGUUGCUUGGAGGCCCCAAACUAUACUGUUUUCUCAAACACGACUUCCGCCACUCAGUGGAACGAGGACCACUUUAAUGAGGGCUUACCUACGUCGGCUACUGUUUCUCCGCGUCUGGUUCAGCAUGUGGUUCCCCUCGAGAGUCCUCAUAACGAUAUCCAUGUCUCCAUCGGCGGAUUUGAGUACGGCGACGGCCAUUUUGACGGGAAAUACCCCGGUGCCAAUGGCGACAUGGGUGAAAAUGACACGGCGGCAUUUGAUCCCGUGUUUUUUUUCCAUCACUGCUUUAUCGAUGCCAUGUUUUGGCAGUGGCAGAAGGAGCAUGGCAAAACAAAGCAGCUCGAUAUCAUCCCUCAGUAUCCCGGGACCAACAGCGUUGACAGUCAGGGUCCCACGCCGGGAACACCUGGGGGUACGUGGUUGACCUUGGAUACGCCGUUAGAUCCAUUCCAGCUUCCUGGCACAACCAAGACCAUGAAAUCGAAGGAUGUGAUCGACAUCGAGACCCGGCUUGGCUACACUUACUCACCUAUUAAAGGUCUUCCCCGCAAAACUCCCAGUGCGGCUGCACCCGAUGCGGCUGCACCCGGUGCGGCUACACCCGACGCGUCUAGAGCCAAUCUAGUGCGUAUCUCAGGCAUCAACCGCGGAAUUAUUCCCGGUUCAUUCGUACUGUCAACCUGGACGACGACUGAAAACGGGGAAGAAAGACUGGUUGGUUUCCAUUCUACGCUCAGUAGAUGGCAUGUGCAGGGCUGCGCGAAUUGCCAGACUCAUCUGCGUGUCAAAACUUUUGUGCCGCUGUACGGACUGAGCAAGGACCAAGCAAGCAAGGUAACGGUCAAAUUGCACACGAGAGAUGAUCCCAAGGGAAGCACAGCUCGGGAGGGAGGCAAACCGAUUCCUUAUGUUGUGGGCCAUCUUUUAGGAAAGGAGUGA